AUGGGACCGGCAGGAAGGGAUUCGCGUUCAAUACGGGAAAAUCCAAGGUAUGAUCCUAGAUCAAGAGAUAGAGACUCAGGUUCAUCAUCAAGGUUCGGGAAAGAACGUAACAUGCGAGAUGACGAUGGAAGCUCGAAAGCAAAGAUCGGAGGCUACAGUUUUAAUGUUAGCACAUCCGAAUUGGUGGCUGUUUUAAGAAGCAUGGGAGAUAAGGUAUGGAGGCUAAAAGAAAUGAGAUCAAACCCAAACAUGCGAAAUCCCGAUUUUUUGUGUGAGUUUCACAACGAUCAUGGUCAUAAAAUGACGGAUUGCAAAUUAUUACAAGGUGAAGUAGAACAUUUAUUAAAACAAGGGUAUUUAACUGAAUUGUAUAGUGAAAAGGGAAAACAAGCAUAUACAAAGAAUAGGCAAGAAUCACCAGAGCCUCCUUCACCAAAAAGGAUGGUUAAUGUCAUAAGUGGAGGGGAAGAGAUCAAUGGCGUAACAUACACGGCAACAAAGAAAGUGUCAAAAAUUACAGUUACCCACGAGAAGCAAGUUCGACAGGUUUUGGAAAAAGAUAGUAUCACAUUUGAUGCUACAGAUGCAGAUGGCGUGCUAACCCCGCAUAAUGAUGCACUGAUGCAAGCCAAUGAUAAGUUGAUACCUAAGGUACAUACCUUGUCUGGUUUUGAUAACUCGAGCAUUGUAACAAAAGGGGAAAUAAUACUCACCACAUUCGCUGAAGGAGUUAUCAAAGAUACCAGAUUUCAAGUGGUGGAAAUGGAUAUGGCUUACAAUAUGAUUCUCGGCAGAUCAUGGAUUCACAAAAUGGACGUUGUCCCAUCUACUUUACAUCAAGUUAUCAAGUUUCCAUCACAAUGGGGAAUACGACAAAUCUGUGGUGACCAACAGGCUUCUUGA